CACAUCGAAGCAGCAGCGGCUCGAUGGUGUCACUAGCAUCCUGGUUUGAGCUGGUAUCGUGCUUCAAAGAGAUAAACCGCAAUUUGAAUACAAGAGUAGGGUGGGCAUACCCCAUCGACAUCCCUUCACUAAAGCAUGGCUGAGCCCGAGCUCCUCCUGGACUCCAAUAUCCGUCUUUGGGUUGUGCUGCCAAUCGUGUUUAUUACUUUUCUGGUUGGAGUGAUCCGCCAUUAUGUCUCGAUUCUGUUACAAAGUGACAAGAAGCUCACGUUAGAGCAGGUUUCAGACAGCCAGGUUCUCAUCAGGAGCAGAGUUUUACGGGAAAAUGGAAAAUACAUCCCUAAACAAUCUUUCUUGAUGAGAAAAUUCUACUUCAAUAAUCAAGAAGAUGGAUUUUUCAAGAAGACCAAAAGAAAGGUGGUCCCACCAUCUCCAAUGACUGAUCCCAGCAUGUUGACAGACAUGAUGAAAGGCAAUGUGACAAACGUCCUGCCCAUGAUCCUUAUUGGUGGUUGGAUCAACUGGACCUUUUCUGGGUUUGUCACAACAAAGGUACCGUUUCCUCUCACACUCCGGUUCAAGCCGAUGCUGCAGCAGGGAAUUGAGUUGCUCUCUCUAGAUGCCUCCUGGGUGAGUUCAGCAUCUUGGUAUUUCCUGAAUGUCUUUGGUCUCAGGAGCAUGUAUUCUCUGAUUCUUGGACAAGACAAUGGUGCAGAUCAGUCUCGCAUCAUGCAGGAACAGAUGAGUGGUGCUGCAAUGGCAAUGCCUGCUGACACAAACAAAGCAUUCAAGGCAGAAUGGGAGGCUCUGGAGUUGACGGAUCAUCAGUGGGCCUUAGAGAAUGUCGAGGAGGAUCUGAUGAGUAAGGACUUGGACUUGUCUGGGAUGUUCAGCAAAGAAUUGCCAACGGGCAUCUUCUAAGUGCCUGUCCACUACUGAGAGGUUCUGGCGGACCUCACUGAGAAUUGUGAAUUGUCAGACUGGAUUUGGGAGUGACAAAUCGGUUCCAUUCAGAUUUUUUCUUUUUCUAGAAAGGGUCAUAAACCUCAUUGCAGACAUAUCACAUUUUGUGUCAUAUGCAUGCAUCAUUCCCUCCAUUAUUCAUUUUUGCUGAGCUGUAAGUGUCAUAGGGUGAUAAAGCUUUGAGCUUUAAGAUUUAUGGAUUAUCUCUUGUGACUGCAUUAAUACAACGCAACAGAAACAUUACAGAGCACCCUAUAAUGUAGCGUGUGGCCUGGUUUUCGUGAAAACAUUCCCUAAUGAUUAUUGCUAUGUCUCUUCGUUUUUCUUUUAACACAAUUACAUUUUUAUUUUAUGAGCAUCAUGUUCUUAGUUUACUAGGACCAUAUGAUUGUAUGGACCAAGUAGGCAAAAAAUAAGUUUAGGAAGUGAUGACAUUUAAAAAGUGGAUCAGACCAUAACAUAGGUUCAGUUACCUAAAUAGUAUGUUCCUAAAUUGACUAGUGUUUUAGAUGCUUUUCUUAUGGUGCCAAUACAUCAUGCACGGAGUAUGUAGUAAAAAGACAACUUCAUUUCAGUUUAAGAUUUAAUGGCAUGUUUAAUAUAUUUAUUUUAGUUUUAUUAAAUGUCUUUUUUCUUUUUGUUAAAUAAAUGUUGCUCAGUACAUUUACUGGAUGUGUAUAUUCUUAAUACAGUUGUUUUACUAAAUAGUGA